CAGGGAAGCCCGCAGUGGUGUGAGCGCUGGGGGCUGCCAGCAGCCCGCAGUCCCUGCCCGCCCCGUCUGGGACCCAAGAUUGCUCCGUGAGCAACUUGGAGCGGGAGAGGAGGACGAGGAGGAGAGAGCCGGGGCCCCUCUGACCAGCGCCGCAGGGCAGCAGCCUGUGCGGAGCGACACAGACAGCCAGACCCAGGGCGGCCCCUCCUGGCAACCCUGCUCCUUCCGAAGGAUGCCUUGGGCGUGAGGCCUCUCCUCACCCCUGCAGCCCCCGACUCCCUCCCUUCUCCCGAGGCUCCAGGAGCCUACCACGGUCCUUUCUGCUCUCCUACUCAGCUGUUGCCCACUCAUUUCGGGCCAGCAAAGACUUGCUGAUAACAGGAGGGGCAGUGAGGAGGACUUCCUGGAGGGGGUGACAGCCCACAGCCCUGGACCUUGUGCACAUCAAAAGAUAUCAGCAGCAAGGCCUCUGCUGCCUGUUCAAGAAGACCCGGCUGAGAAUCUCAGAGGCUCUAAGCUGCCCCCAGCCCAGCAGGAAAGGAGGCAGGGUCAGGGGCUGCUCUGGAGGACACCAUGCGGCUUCAGAGUACCAUGCCAACUCCCGUCCUUAAAGGCCAGGUACUGCUGCUGCCUCUACUGUUGUUGCUGGGAUCACAGGUCUCCCGCGGUCUGGUCAUCACACCCCCAGGGCCAGAGCUCGUCCUCAAUGUCUCCAGCACUUUUGUUCUGACCUGCUCGGGUCCAGCUCCGGUGGUGUGGAAACGGAUGUCCAAGCAGCCCCUGCAAGAAAUGGCCGAGACCCAGGAAGGCAAUUUCUCUAGCAUGUUGACGCUGACCAAUGUCACUGGACUAGACACCGGAGAAUACUUUUGUACCUACAACGACUCUCAUGGGCUGGAGGAUGGUGAGCAAAAACGGCUCUACAUCUUUGUGCCAGAUCCCACCGUGGGCUUCCUCCCUGUUUUCCCCGAGGAAGUAUUCAUCUUUCUCAUGGAAGUAACCGAGAUCACAAUCCCAUGCCGAGUGACGGAUCCACAACUGGUGGUGACACUGCAUGAGAAGAAAGUGGAUGUCCCACUGCCCGUCCCCUAUGACCACCAGCGCGGCUUCUCUGGGACCUUUGAGGAUAAGACCUAUGUCUGUAAAACCACCAUCGGGGACAGGGAAGUGGAUUCGGAAGCCUUCUAUGUCUACAGCCUCCAGGCAUCAUCCAUCAAUAUCACAAUGAAUGCAGUGCAGACUGUGGUCCGCCAGGGUGAGAACAUCACCAUCACAUGCACUGUGACUGGAAACGAAGUGGUCAACUUUGAGUGGACAUAUCCCCGCAAGGAGAGUGGGCGGCUAGUGGAGCCAGUGACCGACUUUGAUACGCCCUCCUACAUACGCUCUAUCCUGCACAUCCCCAGUGUUGAGCUGGGCGACUCAGGGACCUACAUCUGCAAUGUGUCAGAGAGUGUCUUCGACCAUGGAGAUGAAAAGGCCAUCAAUGUCACCGUGGUUGAAAGUGGCUACGUGCGUUUGCUGGAGGAGCUGGACGCUGUACAAUUCGCGGAGCUGCACCGGAGCCGGACGCUGCAGGUGAUGUUUGAGGCCUACCCGCCGCCCACUGUCAUGUGGUUCAAGGACAACCGCACCCUGGGCGAUUCCAGCGCCGGCGAGAUCGCCCUGUCCACGCGCAAUGUAUCCGAGACUCGGUACGUGUCAGAGCUGACGCUGGUGCGAGUGAAGGUGGCCGAGGCUGGUUACUACACAAUGCGGGCCUUCCACGAGGACGCUGAGGCCCAGCUCUCCUUCCAGCUGCAAAUCAACGUGCCUGUCCGCGUGUUGGAGCUGAGUGAGAGCCACCCUGCCAAUGGGGAGCAGACAGUCCGCUGUCGCGGUCGGGGCAUGCCCCAGCCGCACCUCACAUGGUCUACCUGCCGUGACCUCAAAAGGUGUCCGCGCGAGCUGCCGCCCAAGCUGUUGGGGAACAAUUCCGAGGUGGAGAACCAGCUGGAAACUAACGUGACGUACUGGGCGGAGGAGCAGGAGUUCGAGGUGGUGAGCACGCUGCGCCUGAGCCACGUGGAUCAGCCCCUGUCUGUGCGCUGCACUCUGCGCAACCUGUUGGGCCAUGACAUGCAGGAGGUCACCCUGGUGCCACAGUCCCUGCCCUUCAAGGUGGUAGUAAUCUCGGCCAUCCUGGCCUUGGUGGUCCUCACAAUCAUCUCCCUCAUCAUCCUCAUCAUGCUCUGGCAGAAGAAGCCCCGCUACGAGAUCCGAUGGAAGGUGAUUGAAUCUGUGAGCUCCGAUGGCCAUGAGUACAUCUACGUGGACCCUAUGCAGCUGCCCUAUGACUCUACCUGGGAGCUGCCGCGGGACCAGCUUGUGCUUGGACGCACCCUUGGUUCCGGGGCCUUUGGGCAAGUGGUGGAGGCUACGGCUCACGGCCUGAGCCAUUCUCAGGCCACAAUGAAAGUAGCCGUCAAGAUGCUGAAAUCCACAGCCCGCAGCAGUGAGAAGCAAGCGCUCAUGUCGGAGCUGAAGAUCAUGAGUCACCUCGGGCCCCACCUGAACGUGGUCAACCUGCUGGGGGCCUGCACCAAAGGAGGGCCCAUCUACAUCAUCACUGAGUACUGCCGCUACGGGGAUCUGGUGGACUACCUGCACCGCAACAAGCACACCUUCCUGCAGCACUGCUCCAACAAAGGCCGCCGGCCCAGUGCCGAGCUCUACAGCAACGCCCUGCCCGUUGGGCUCCCCCUGCCCAGCCACAUGUCCCUGCCUGGGGAGAGUGAUGGUGGCUACAUGGACAUGAGCAAGGACGAGUCAGUGGACUACGUGCCCAUGCUGGACAUGAAAGGAGACAUCAAAUAUGCAGACAUCGAGUCCUCCAACUACAUGGCUCCUUACGAUAACUACGUCCCCUCCGCUCCCGAGAGGACCUGUCGGGCGACUUUGAUCAACGAGUCCCCAGUGCUGAGCUACACGGAUCUUGUGGGAUUCAGCUACCAGGUGGCCAAUGGCAUGGAGUUCCUGGCCUCCAAGAACUGUGUCCACCGAGACCUGGCAGCCAGGAAUGUACUCAUCUGUGAGGGAAAGCUGGUCAAGAUCUGUGACUUUGGCCUGGCUCGUGACAUCAUGCGGGACUCUAACUACAUCUCCAAGGGCAGUACCUUCCUGCCUCUGAAGUGGAUGGCCCCUGAGAGCAUCUUCAACAGCCUCUACACCACCCUGAGCGACGUUUGGUCCUUUGGGAUCCUACUCUGGGAGAUCUUCACCCUGGGUGGCACCCCUUACCCAGAGCUGCCCAUGAAUGAGCAGUUCUACAAUGCCAUCAAGCGGGGUUACCGCAUGGCCCAGCCUGCCCACGCCUCCGACGAGAUCUAUGAGAUCAUGCAGAAGUGCUGGGAAGAGAAGUUUGAGAUUCGGCCCCCCUUCUCCCAGCUGGUGCUGCUUCUCGAGAGACUGCUGGGCGAGGGUUACAAAAAGAAGUACCAGCAAGUGGAUGAGGAGUUUCUGAGGAGUGACCACCCAGCCGUCCUUCGGUCCCAAGCCCGCUUGCCUGGCUUUCACGGCCUCCGAUCCCCACUGGACACCAGCUCAGUCCUCUACACAGCUGUGCAGCCCAACGAGGGUGACAAUGACUAUAUCAUCCCCCUGCCUGACCCCAAACCUGAGGUUACAGAUGAGAGCCCACUGGAAGGUUCCCCCAGCCUUGCCAGCUCCACCCUGAAUGAAGUCAACACCUCCUCUACCAUCUCCUGUGAUAGCCCCCUGGACCCCCAAGAGGAACCAGAGCCAGAAUCCCAGCCGGAGCCCCAGGUGGAGCCGGAGCCGGAGCCGGAGCCGGAGUGGCCGCCGGAUUCGAGCUCUCCCGGGCCUCGGGCUGAGGUGGAGGACAGCUUCCUGUAGGGGGCUGGCCCCCACCCUGCCCUGCCUGAACCGAAGCUCCCCCUUGACCGCUCAGCACCCUGCACCUCCUGGCCUGGCCUGGCUUCCCAUCAGCCAGGCUGUUCCCAUCAGCCGUCCCCUUCUGGAAAGCUUUGGCUCCUGGCAGGUUGCACCCCAACCCCUGGGGCUGGUUUAAGAGGCAGAAAAACUGCAGGGGCCGCGACAAGCUCUCUGCCUCCAGGGAGGCCAUGGGACUCUGAGCUGGGGUUCUCCCAAAGGACUCCGUUUCUCCAUCUGUAAGGUGGGAAAGUUGGGCUUGGUGCCUCACAUUCUGGGAUGCUCUCCCUGGCUGACAGAUGGGGAGGUUGGAAUCCCCGGGGAGAUUCUCAAGGCUCAUGAGGUGAUAAGUGAACUUUGUUUUAUUCAGCCAGUUACCCCUCAAGGAGCUGCAGCUCUCUCCUCCCACUUUUAUCUGCCCAAGGGGAAGGGGAGGGACGCUGGCAUCCCUGGCUCCUGGCUGAGCUGGGGCCUGGCCUUGGACAGUGUUGCCGCAUCCAGAAGCCGCCUCCCCGUCACGCCAGUCUUCGCUUUCCCAGGCCCGAGCUGGUCUGGGGCCGUCCAUGCUUACUUAAUGCUGGGGGCUAAGCCAAGUCCAGGACAUCCUGGCCUGUAGUCCCUACCCCAGGCACGAGGGGCACACCUCCCCAUAGAAAGUGCCCACGUCCAUGUCUUCCUCAUCCCAUGUGUCCUGGGGCCUUUAUCCUCAUCACUGCCGUCUUACUCCACCCACCUGAGCCUCCAGGGCCAGACGGGCCCAUGCCUGUGAUGAGUGUGUUGACGUGCCUGCAUGAAGUGUCCACAUGUGUGGACCGGUAUGUGGACCUUCUGUGCAUUGAACCCUCUGCACAUAGAGAGCUUGCAGGAAUUCCUUGCCCUCUCUGGGCCUGUUUUCCCUGUUGAAAUAUGAGCAGGUUGGACUCACUGACUUCUGGUGCUUGCCAGCAUUAACAUGCUAGAAUAUACCAGGGGUUACACACUUGCCCAGAUGAAGCAAAGCCAAAUACCCCAAACCUCCAUCCUGGGGUUCAGCUGGAUGGAGGUUCCAGACCACAUAUCGCACUCUAGGCAUUCAGGAACGGUGACCCUUCCCCAAGCCCCCUGUAAGUCCCCAAAGGCCAGCUGCCUGGGCCUUGACUCAGAGUGACAGCCAGUGUCCUGAAAAGCCCCUAGUAGCUUCCCCAGGGACAUAAGAUCACAGGAGCCCUUUCAGCACCCACAAUGACCUCUGGAGUUAUCCUGGGCCAAAGAGGCAGAAAGAACAAAUCCGACCACCUGAUGCAGCCCCGCACUCCAGCACCUGCUUUCGAGAUCCAUGCCGAAGUCAUAACGGACAGUGAGGGCCCCUGGGGGGCCCUGGAAAUGACGAGAAGCCUUGGAUGGGGAACCUGAGAAAGGGGUGCCAGAGGUGGGUGCUCUGAGGAUUGCCUUCUCACCUGCCAGCUGCCCCGUUCCUGAGGCAGUGCCGCUGGGGUAGGGCUUUGUCACUGCCACGGCCCACUCACCUCACUGCCAGCCACACCCCAGCCCAGUGGGCACUGAAGUGCACGGAGAGUGAGGGCUCUGGCCAAGACCACUGGCUGGGGGAGUGCCAGGAAGGCGAGGAGGGAAGGUCGGCCCCCCCUGGGCACCCCCUCCCUGCCCUGGGGCCCCCGGAGCCCGGCUGAGGAGAGGGAGUGGGUUCUCAAUACGGUACCAAAGAUGUAAUCGCCUAGGUUUACAAUUAUUUUUAGGACUCACAUUAACUCACAUUUAUACAACAGAAAUGCUAUUUUGUAUGCCAUCAAAAUUUCCUAUCUGUGUACUUUUUUUUUUAAGGGAAAGAUUUUAAUAAUAAACCUGGUGCUUCUCACUCACA